AUGAAGGCCCUCCUUCAAGAGACGAAAAACGGACCUCUCGUCCUCAAGGAAGUCCCAACCCCCCAUCCCGGACCUGGUUCCGUUGUCGUCAAGAUCCUCGCCAACCUCCUUCAACACCAGACUCCCGGCAUCCUGGCCGGAGAAGCUGGUUUUACGUACCCCGUGCCCAUGAUCCCCGGCGGCCGAGCCGUAGGUCGAAUCGUCGGCACAGGGCCGGACACAACCUCCUUGGAUGUUGGUCAACUUGUCUUGCUCGAACCAUUUAUCCGCGCUCGCGAUGAUCCAGAUACGUGGAUUUUCUGGGGCGCAAUGGAAGGAAUGAGUGAAGGUUCAAAGAAGCUUUUUGCUGAGAACUGGCGAUAUGCCACGUUUGCAGAGUAUGCGAAGGCGCCUUUGGAAGUGGCAUGGGCGCUGAAUGAGAAUCGACUUUGUAAAGAGCUGGGAUAUACUAUUCCUGAACUGGUGCAGUUAUGUAUAGAUGUUGUCGCGUAUAGUGGACUCAAGGGGAUCGGGCUCAAGGCUGGGGAAAGGAUUAUCGUUACGCCUGCUACGGGGAUCUUCUCAGGUGCAGCUGUUGGAGUGGCAGUUGCGAUGGGUGCUACUGUUCUAGCGACAGGUCGGAAUGAGCGUGCGCUUGAACGGCUUGUAUCUGCGCAUCCUCGGCUCGUUUCCAGCGUUCCUCGGACGAAUGAUGUCGACAUCGAUGUCAAGAGUCUACAGCAGUAUGGCCCCGUCGAUGCGUUCCUUGAGAUGACGCCCAUGGGGGCUGAGGGGAGCACGCAUGUUCGUGCAGCUUUCGGUGCACUUAAGCAGUACGGACGAGCAUGUAUCAUGGGCUUUGGUGGCGGCGCCAUGAAGCAUGUUGAGAUUCCGAUGAUGGAACUGACGUUCAAGAGCAUUACAGUUCAUGGUCAUGCCAUGUACUGGGGACAGGAUGUAAAGGAAAUGGUCAAGAUGGCUGAAGCAGGAGUGCUGAAGCUUGGAAAACAGAGAGGUCACGAUGUAGUGACUGAGUUCAAAUUCGAAGAUUUCGAAAAGGGAUUCGACUGGGUUGGCGCAAACCACGAGCUCGGCCAAAUGGCGGUAUUAGUCCCGUAG